CUCAUCCGGAGAACAUGGCGCCGCAAAAGGUGAAAAGGACACCGAAGGAAAAGAGAUCCAAAAAGGCUGCUUGGAGGUUUACUCUGGAUCUUACCCAUCCUGUAGAAGAUGGAAUCUUUGACUCUGCCAAUUUUGAACAGUUUCUCAAGCAGAGAGUGAAGGUCAAUGGGAAAACUGGAAAUCUUGGGAACGUUGUUCAUAUUGAACGUCAGAAGAACAAAAUUAACGUUGUUUCGGAAAAGCAGUUUUCUAAAAGGUACCUAAAGUACCUCACCAAGAAAUACCUUAAGAAGAACAGUCUGCGGGACUGGCUACGUGUAGUUGCAUCGAAUAAGGAGACCUAUGAGCUCCGCUACUUCCAGAUCAGCCAGGAUGAGGAGUCUGAAACUGAAGAAUAAAUGUCAAAUAAACAUCUUUCUUCAUAUUU